UUGAAAUUAAGUUUAAGCGUGGCAGACGACAGAGUUAAGGAAAUCCGGUUGAAGUUGUUCACUUGAUCUGCUGGCACUUUAGUGACAUUUCGCGUAUCUAAUGCGCGACAUUUGUUUAUUACGUUCGUUUCAGUUUUUUUGUUUGUGUAUAAUAAUGUUUACCAUAGCGAAUAAUAAAUGAGUUCGUUCACCUUAUAUGUGAGAUAGAUCCAUAUUUCUGUAGACUUAAAUAAGGCGGUUAUGAGGCUUCCGUAUCAAAAACUGCCCAUUGUACGAUAUUUUUCCAUUAUUUUUACUUUAAUUUAUAAAAACCGUUAUGGCAGAGAAGUGUAAGGAAUGCGGCUGUGAAUGCACAAAAUGCACGGAGAAAGAUCUUCAACAAUGUGACAUGCACUUGCACGUAGAGAUAGAAAAUUUACGUCAGCGCCUAUUAGAAAGAGAUAAUCAUAUUAUAACAAUGGAGACGCAAUUUUUAAACGAGGCAGAAAAAUUUCCAAACGGAGAAUUGGCCUCGAUAAAGGAAGAAAUUCUUAUCUGGCAAGAAAAAUAUCAAAGGUUAUAUGAGGCGCAUAAAAGAGUUCAGAAAGUCAAUCAAAAUCUUGAAGAUAAAUUACUUAGAAUAGUGGAUAAGUGUGAGAGCGAGAAGGGUACAUUCACAAAAGAUAUAGCGACGUUAUCUCAUCGUUUGGCCGAUGCAAAUUAUACUAUACAUCGUUUGACCCAAGAUAAUGAAAGGUAUAGAAAUGAUGUGAAUUUGGCCAUUCAAUUACUUCAAUGUAAGCCUUCCAAUUUUGUUGGACAAAAAUAUGAUUCGUUGCCCACCGAAGUGCAAGCCAAAGUUCGAACAUAUAUUGCACAUAAAAGAUGUUCGAAAGAUUCAUCACCGCCCAAUAUGAAAAGCAUAAUAGUACCUAUAUCAACAUUUCCUCCUACUGCAAUGGUUUACAAUGUAUCUAAGCAAGGAGUUGAAAAACAUAGCGAUGAAGAUGACGUAGAAGAAUCUAAACCCCCUGUUGACAUUGUGUCAGCUGCUAUUAUGGCUAAAGUAUUGGAGGAUAGAGAAAAGGAAAGAAUUUUUGCUAAACACUGUGAUACUUGCACAUGUCAUAAAAGUAUUUUAUUGGUUGAUGCUGAAUGCCAAACGGUAAAUAAUUCUGAUGGUUGUAACGAAUGCACAUUUAGACAUGUACAAAUUGAAGAAAAGCAUUCGGAAUAUAUAAACAAAAUUAAUAAAUCAUUACAAUCUAGAAGUAAUCAAAAUUCUAAUGCAAAUUCGAUCUUUCAAAAACAUAGCCAAGAUGCUAUUGACAAUGGAAACAUCCAUUUUCAUAAUAACAGUGAUUGUACAAAGUAUUCUAAUUCCAUGCAGUAUUUAUAUAACGUUAAAGAUAAUAAACUUGCCAUCAAGAGUAAUAAAAGUUUAGCAGAUUUAAGGGAUGAUAAUAAAAAGGAUUCAAUGAGACAAGACAAUAUGGAAAUCCAUACACAGGUUGAUGUAAUAAAUAAUGACAAACAAACAUCUUUAAGAAGCAAUAGAAACGCUAAUAUGUCUUCUAAUAUAAUAGCAAAUAUACCUACUCUUUCAACUACAUCUGUUACCUUUAAUAACAUUACACCAACUAAUACUGCUAUUAACAUUAAUGGGGAUAAAUCAAAACAAACGCGUACAAAUAGAAAAUCUGAUUUUCUAAUAGACGCAAAAUCUAAUACAAGCAAUUGGAUUAAAUAUGAGAAAGAAACAUCUUCCUGUUCUUAUACUAUACCCGGUAACGCUGCAAAAUAUUUUAGCAAUAAAGAACAGACACAAAUAGACAUUAUUAAUGAUAGAUUAUGGAAAAAUGAAUGGAUAAAAACAAAAUUAGACACUAAUACAAAAGAUAAAAAUAAUGAUAAUAUUACUAAUGAUCCUGGAAUAGAUAUUAUUAAUAGUAGAGAUUGGAAAAAUAAUAGAAUUUGGACAGAGCCUCAAAAUCCUACCCAUUUAACUUUGAUUGAAGUAAAAAAUAUAGAUAACGUAAUGGCACACAAUGAUUGUAGACAAGUCGAAAUAGCUACUAGUCCAAGUUUUAGUAGCGACAGUGUUAUCAUUUCAACUUCCGAUCCACCUAGUAGUUCUAGCGAUAUUCUACAAUCUUCUAUUGGUGUACAAUCAAUUAAUUCUGUGAAUAAUCAAAAAUCUAAUUCCCAUAAUCGUACAUUAGGUUCAAGAUCCUGUCUUGUACGAUUAACACAUGGAUCAAAGAACGUUCUAAUAGAUAACGAUGGACAUUGUAAAGCUACCUUAUUUACAAAUACGAAUAAUAAACCAAAUGCAGCUUUAGUACAUACAAAAAAAGCAAUUACAAUUGGAUCAGAGAGAUCACCUCCUGUUACUAGUAAAAAACAUUCAGUUCUAUUACAAGAUAGUAAUCAAUUACAGAGAGUAGCGGAAUGGGUUCAAUCAUCUGUUUGCAUAGAAAAUUCUGUACAAAAUAAUUUAAAUGGAUUAAAAAUUAGUGAUAAUAGCGUUAACAAAGAGGAAAACUGUUUGUUCACCUAUACGAAUGAAAAGUCUUCUAAUCAUAAAUCUUUUCAACUCCAUAACAAACAAUGCCAUGAUAUAAAUGAAAAAGAAGAAUUAAAUAAGGAAAUAGAUAGUAAUAAAGAAAUAGAUUCUUUAUUCCCUGGAACAAAUGUUAAUAGUAUUAUGGUGGAUGAUAAGGACAAAGAUUUAAUUACGUUUGAUAUACCUAAUGAAGAUGAAAAGACACGUACAUCCAUAAAUGAUAAAAAUUCUAUUGAUAAUAGUUAUGAAGUUAAGAUUACCAGAGAAAUGGAAGAAACGUAUUUAAAGUUGGCAGCAAGUUUAGAUCCAGUCACGCUUAGUUUAUCCGAUGCAAAUAACAGUGACAUUACGAUUGAAAAAUAUAGGAAAAAUUAUAAAAGGCUUCACGCCCAAAGAUCUCACGAUAAAGUAGGAUCUAUGACUUAAGCAUUUUGGCUGUUUUGAAAGAUUGCUACUUUUGCAGGAAGUUCCUUUUAAUGAUAUCAGAGUCUUAUUUUUUGUAAACAUGAUAAACUAAGGCUGUACCAAGUUGAGUCAUUUAGAAUGAAAGUUCUGCAUGUACAUGUCAAUGCAAAUGAUUAAAUAAUUUUUUGAUUUAAGUAGAUAAUAUAGAUUCUUAUUGCAUAUUUAAAAUCUGAGGAUGGAUACCUGAAGAGAGUGUCUUUGUAUUAACUUCGGCCUAUAGCAUUUACUUUUAAUAUUAAAUGAGAAUAGUAUUGGAAAUUAGAUACAAAGACUUUAUAGGAUUAUAAAUUACUAAAAUAAUUUUUACAAUAUCAGCUGAUAAUUGUUAUUCCCUAUAUUGAUAUUAUAAUAAUUUAAUAAUAAUUUAACAAAAUUAAUUCUGAUCUCUUAUUAAUUACUCAUAAACUAAUUUGGCAUAAAAGUAAAUAUUAAAGAAAAAAAAAAAACAAAAAAAAAAAACAAAAAACAAAAAAAGGAAGAAAAUAAGUAAAUAAAAAAAAAAAAAAAAAACAAAAAAAAAAAAAGAAGAAAAGAAAAAGAAAAAAACGGAAAAGUAUCUUUAACAAAAUAAAAAAUUACAAAUUGUUGUAUUGGUGGUACAAUACUACUAAUAUAAGAAUUUCAAAUAUAAAAAGAUUAUUCUAUAUUAUCAGGCAAAGCGAUUAAAAGAAAAAUUACUAACUCACAAACAUAAAGACGCUGCUAAAAGCUAAUCAGUAAAGCUACUACCAAUAAUGAGUAUAAAUGAUGGAUUGUAAAUGUCGAACAGAUGGUAAUUAUCCUUGCACAAAGUAUCUGUUAUUAUCCAGCAAUCAAGAUUAUUGUAAUUAUUAAAUAGUAAUCAAUAAUUGCUAAAUCUAUAUGUUAGCUAAUCUUAUAAUUCUUUUUUUUUUUUCUUUGAUGCUGCACUACAAUCAUUGGGAGGCACAAUAGUAAGCAGGUCAGUAGAAUCUACGGGACCUUGGGCUGAUAGCCCCCCAAACUACCAACCCCCCACUUAUUCAAACCCCACUCCCACACCUACUAAAGACAAUUCUUACAGUAAAUAAUAUAUUUUCCGUUGAAUGUGUGUGUAUGUACGUGUGUCUGUUUGUGUGGAGAAACGACAAUAUUAAUAUUAACUUAACCGUGUUCGAAUGAUAUAUUUCAAUUAAAAUUCGACAAAAUCAAGAUAUAUAUAUAUAUAUAUAUAUAUAUAUAUAUAUAUAUAUGUAUAUAUAUAUGUAUAACAUUAAGAUGUUUGCGAAAUACCCAAAGGAUUUCUUAAUAUAAUUAUUAUGGUUUCAUACCAAAAUUGUUCGUACAUACCUAAUACCACUGAAAUAAUAAUUAAGUUUACGAAUGCUCAUAUUACCAAAGGUGAACUACACUUGUUACAAAGUUACUGUAAUAAGUCUGCUUGAAUAAAUGUGGGACAAUAGCUCUGUAUUUAAA